AUGACAGUGGUUGUUCAUCAACUCGUUGCAAAAGACUCUGAUGUAUUCUACUUUUCCAAAAUUGGCAACAUUGAGCGACUUAAACAGUUGUUCAGCAGUGGUGGUGCUUCUCCUAAUGACGUUCACUGUUCAUCAGGAGUUACAGCUCUAGACUUUGCAAUAUCGUACAGAAAGAUUGAAACAAUCCGGUUUUUGCUACAAGCUGGCGCCGACCCUCUGAUAAGGAGCAAGAUCUGGGGUGCAUGCCCCUCGGACAAGGCUUGGAGCAAGAUCUUGUCUGGAAGGCUAUCUCAAGCAGACGAGAAGGCAUUUCGAGAACUAUUCGAUCAUACCAAAGAUAUCGAGGCCAGGAACUUUACUAAGCUACACAAGACGGUUCUCAAACUUGAAAGUAGAAACAUUUCGGAGGAGCUGGAGAUGAAUUCUAUUGAAAUGAUCAACGCCCGUGACUCUCUGGGCCAAACGGCCUUGUGCUUGGCAGCCGAGCUUGGUUCAAUUGAGGAUCUCAGACUGCUCUUGUCUUGCGGAGCAGACCCAUCCAUUCCCAGCUAUUGUCAAAAAGAUCCACUCAUCUUCGCCGCAAGGUCUGGUAACCCGACCUGCGUCAAGCUGCUCCUGGAGGCUGGGUCGAGUGUAACCUAUCGUACGGGUUACCAUCAUACCGCGUUACACUAUGCCGCCAUCUGGUCACCAGGAGAUGGCGUCGAGCAUUUACUCGAUGCCGGAAUGGAUAAGGACUUCCCUGACAAAGACGGUAGAACACCGCUUGGGUUCACUAUACUAUCCGACAACUUUGACGCUGCUGUCCGCCUCUUGGCCAACGGGGCACAAAUCCGUUGCCCAAAUGCACCUGCGGUAGAUCCACUGCUGUGUAGUAUCAAAGAGAACAAGCAUGAGUUCAUUGAUCUAUUUAUUAGAAAAGGGUUUGAAAUCCAUAUACCUCUUCCAAAGGGGCAGACAUUACUUCACGUUAUCGCCGAGUUUGCGGAUGCUGACACAAUGGCAUUAUGUGUACCAGUAGCUUCCAAAAUAGUUGUCGGCGAGAUUGACGAGGAAGGACGAACCGCGAUAGAUAUUAUAAACGCUCGUGAAAAUAAGGAACCCGGUUCACAACAGAAUUUCUAUGAGAUGUUGGGUCACUGUUUAUCGACAGAGGAGGACACUCAAAGUGAACAUUGGGAAGAUGCUGUGGAAACUAUGAUUGACGUCUGA